ACCAACCCCAACCCCGCGCGCGCUCUCCCCUCUCCCCUCCCACCAACCCCACCCCAUCCUCCCGACCUCCACGCCGCCGGCAAUGGCGGCGACCAUGGCGUCCAACGCCGCGGCUGCGGCGGCGGUGUCCCUGGACCAGGCCGUGGCGGCGUCGGCGGCGUUCUCGUCGCGGAAGCAGCUGCGGCUGCCCGCCGCGGCGCGCGGGGGGAUGCGGGUGCGGGUGCGGGCGCGGGGGCGGCGGGAGGCGGUGGUGGUGGCGUCCGCGUCGUCGUCGUCGGUGGCAGCGCCGGCGGCGAAGGCGGAGGAGAUCGUGCUCCAGCCCAUCAGGGAGAUCUCCGGGGCGGUUCAGCUGCCAGGGUCCAAGUCGCUCUCCAACAGGAUCCUCCUCCUCUCCGCCCUCUCCGAGGGCACAACAGUGGUGGACAACUUGCUGAACAGUGAGGAUGUUCACUACAUGCUUGAGGCCCUGAAAGCCCUCGGGCUCUCUGUGGAAGCAGAUAAAGUUGCAAAAAGAGCUGUAGUCGUUGGCUGUGGUGGCAAGUUUCCUGUUGAGAAGGAUGCGAAAGAGGAAGUGCAACUCUUCUUGGGGAACGCUGGAACUGCAAUGCGACCAUUGACAGCAGCCGUGACUGCUGCUGGUGGAAAUGCAACUUAUGUGCUUGAUGGAGUGCCACGAAUGAGGGAGAGACCGAUUGGUGACUUGGUUGUCGGGUUGAAACAACUUGGUGCGGAUGUCGACUGUUUCCUUGGCACUGAAUGCCCACCUGUUCGUGUCAAGGGAAUUGGAGGACUUCCUGGUGGCAAGGUUAAGCUCUCUGGUUCCAUCAGCAGUCAGUACUUGAGUGCCUUGCUGAUGGCUGCUCCUUUGGCCCUUGGGGAUGUGGAGAUCGAAAUCAUUGACAAACUAAUCUCCAUUCCUUACGUUGAAAUGACAUUGAGAUUGAUGGAGCGUUUUGGUGUGAAGGCAGAGCAUUCUGAUAGUUGGGACAGAUUCUAUAUUAAGGGAGGGCAGAAGUACAAAUCUCCUGGAAAUGCCUAUGUUGAAGGUGAUGCCUCAAGCGCGAGCUAUUUCUUGGCUGGUGCUGCAAUCACUGGAGGCACUGUGACAGUUCAAGGUUGUGGUACGACCAGUUUGCAGGGUGAUGUCAAAUUUGCUGAGGUACUUGAGAUGAUGGGAGCAAAGGUUACAUGGACUGACACCAGUGUAACCGUAACUGGUCCACCACGUGAGCCUUAUGGGAAGAAACACCUGAAAGCUGUUGAUGUCAACAUGAACAAAAUGCCUGAUGUUGCCAUGACCCUUGCCGUUGUUGCACUCUUCGCUGAUGGUCCAACUGCUAUCAGAGAUGUGGCUUCCUGGAGAGUAAAGGAAACCGAAAGGAUGGUUGCAAUUCGGACCGAGCUAACAAAGCUGGGAGCAUCGGUUGAAGAAGGUCCUGACUACUGCAUCAUCACCCCACCGGAGAAGCUGAACAUCACGGCAAUCGACACCUACGAUGAUCACAGGAUGGCCAUGGCCUUCUCCCUCGCUGCCUGCGCCGACGUGCCCGUGACGAUCAGGGACCCUGGUUGCACCCGCAAGACCUUCCCCAACUACUUCGACGUUCUAAGCACUUUCGUCAGGAACUGAACUGAGCUUUUAAAAGAGUGAGGUCUAGGUUCUGUUGUCUGUCUGUCCAUCAUCCAUGUGUUGACUGUUGAGGGAACUCGUUUCUUCUUUUCUUCACGAGAUGAGUUUUUGUGUGCCUGUAAUACUAGUUUGUAGCAAAGGCUGCGUUACAUAAGGUGAUGAGAAUUGAGGUAAAAUGAGAUCUGUACACUAAAUUCAUUCAGACUGUUUUGGCAUAAAGAAUAAUUUGGCCUUCUGCGAUUUCAGAAGCUAUAAA